CUCUUGGCCCUUUAGAUUUUUGGAUCAUAUCUCAACAAGUAGACUUUUUCCCCCAGUUUAACCUAGACCGUCUGUCUCCCUCUACGACCUUUUGAUAGGUCUUCUCUCUUUCGCCAUGGCGUCCACACAUACCUCCAAGCAGCGCCUCGCGCUCGCCAUCUGCGACUUCCUCUCUGCCUCGACAAAUGACGGCACCCUCACCGCCGACGACAAGGACUCGAUCGACGUGGCCGUCAACUGCAUCGCCGAGUCCUUCAAGAUCGACCCCACCGACACCUCGGCCGUCGCCGCCGCCGUCGGAUCCCAGAACCUCCUCCAGAUCUACUCCGUCUUUGAAAAGGCCCGCGCCGACAAGCCUGCCGCCGCCGCCACCGCUUCUACCCCUUCAGCCCCCGAGCCUACCGAGGAGCAAAAGAAGGAGUCCGAGGGUCUCAAGUCAAAGGGCAACGCUGCCAUGGCCCAGAAGAACUAUGGCCUCGCCAUCGACCUCUACACCCAGGCUCUUGGCCUCAACCCCGUCAACGCCGUCUUUCUCUCCAACCGCGCCGCUGCCCACUCGGCCAACAAGGACCACGCUUCCGCUCGCGCCGACGCCGAGGCCGCCGUCAGCAUUGACCCCGGCUAUACAAAGGCCUGGUCCCGCCUGGGCCUCGCUCGCUUCGCUCUGGGUGAUGCUCGAGGUGCCAUGGAGGCCUACGCCCGCGGCAUUGAGCACGAGGGCAACGGUGGCUCUGACGCCAUGAAGAAGGGCUACGAGACGGCCAAGCGCCGUGUCCAGGAGAUGGAGGCUGAGGAGGACUCUCUUAACCGCUCCGCCCCCAGCGUUGGCGUUGAUGUCAACGCCAACCCCGGUAUGCCCGACCUUGGCAACCUCGCCAGCAUGUUUGGUGGUGCCGGUGGUCCUGGCGGAGCCGGCGGUGGCAUGCCCGACCUUGGCAGCAUCAUGAGCAACCCCAUGUUUGCCAACAUGGCCCAGAAGCUCAUGAGCAACCCUGACUUGAUGAACAACCUCAUGAGCAACCCUCGUCUGCGCGAGAUGGCCGAUCGCUACUCUACCGGCGGUGGCAUGCCCGAUCUCAACAGCCUCAUGUCUGACCCUCAGAUCGGCGAGAUGGCUCGAUCUAUGAUGGGUGGCGGUGCCCCUGGUGCUGGAGGCAACCCCUUUGGUGGUGCUGGUGGACAGGGCGGUGCGCAACAGUAAGGAGGUGGAAGACGAGGCAACAUCAUUAUACCAUGGCUGUUAGAUGAUCUGGGUUAACAACACACCAUCAUGAGACGAGACGAGACGAGACGACGCAUUGAUAAACGUGGCAACGCAGCAAUGUGCGUGCUUCUUUUUUGAGCUUUGAAUAGAAACUACAAAAGCU